UUAUUCUUCAUCUAGGACACAGCAUGAUGGAUACCCUUGCUGUGGCCUUACGUGUUGCAGAGGAAGCAGUGGAAGAAGCUAUUUCUAAGGCAGAGACCUACAGUGACAGCCUGGACAAGCAGAAUGAAGCUUGUUACUUGCAGGAGCACAAGGAGGACCUCAUAGAAGAGCUGGCCACAACCAUUGUGCAGAAGAUUAUAAAGAAGCAGAAAAGCAAACCCGAGCAGGCCGAGGCCGACUUGGAAUGGCCUCCGUCGCGGAGCAGUGGCCUGGCGUCCGGCGCUGUCUCGGACCAGAGCAUGCUGACAUUCCCAGGGAGCCGCAGGGGGUCCUACACCUUGUGG